AAAAAUAACUAAAUACAAUGGAUAAUUUAUAUGAAAAUUACUACGAUGCAAACAAAAAGCAGUUAAACCUAUCGCAUCGUAAUUUGAGAUGUCUUGACUCUGCCACUGUUGCGUCAUAUGCACAUUGUACUGAAUAUUUAGAUUUAAGUCAUAAUCGUAUUAACAAUCUAACAUGGCUCUAUGAAUUUCCCCAUUUAAAAUGUCUAAUCAUGGAUGACAAUCGUUUGAGAGAGGCACAUUUUGAAAAACUACAGAGGCCAUUGACCAAUUUACACACUUUAAUGUUAAACAAAAAUGAGUUGAGUGAUUUGCAAUCGACAGCAAGCAUUUUACAGCGUAUUUUUCCCAAUGUGGAGUACUUAAGUUUGCAUGGCAAUGCCAUGUGUCCCGAUAAUUUAUUACUGCAGCCAUUCUGUGAAUUUGUGCCGUAUGAAUAUAAUCAUUAUAGAACCGUUCUACUGCAUUCAUUGCCAAAUUUAAAAUUUCUUGAUCAUUUUUCUUUGGAUACUGCUGUGCAUUUAAAAACUUCUGCACAAACUAAUCAACUACAAGAGCAACAUCGACACCAGUCUUUACAAAACAAAAACAACACCAACAACAACUUCUUCUUCCCAUCUGAACAAACCUAUAGUGGUAUACACUCGGAGGGUAAUCGUUAUAUAACAAAUUCCGAUUUAUAAGGAAAAUGCUGCAUACUACAGAGAUUUUAUUUAACAAAGAUUAUAAAGACUUUAAUAAUACGAAUACAUACUUAAUUUAUUUUACGGUUUUAUUAAAAUAAUAUAAUUUUGAGUAAACAUUUUUAAAAUGUCCGUUAUUA